AUGGUAGGGUAUGUGCGCCUUUUUCAGGCGCGGGACAGGGUCACAGGUGAAGUCAUCACGCUGAAGAAGUUGAAGAUGGAGAGGGAGGGGGAAGGCGUUCCUGGGAAUGCCAUCCGAGAGAUCGCCCUGCUGAAGGAGCUGCAGCACCCGAAUAUCGUGAGAUUGAGGGAUGUCCUGUGGGACAAUUGCCGGCUGUACCUCAUCAUGGACUAUGUGGAGCUGGACCUGCGCGAGCACAUGGACAAAAAUCCUGAAAGCUCUGACCUCGACAACGUCAAGUCGUACGUGUACCAGAUCCUGAAGGCAAUGCAGUUCUGUCACGCGCACCGAGUCCUGCACCGCGAUCUGAAGCCACAGAAUAUUCUCAUCGACCGAGCCUCCAGCACCAUCAAGGUGGCAGACUUCGGCUUGGCACGCUGCUUCACACCGCCCAUUCGCCCUUACACACAUGAGGUGGUGACACUGCUCUACAGGGCGCCUGAGAUCCUGCUGGGCUCCCAGCUGUAUUCCACACCCGUGGACAUGUGGAGCAUCGGUUGCAUCUUUGCAGAGCUGGUGAAUGGAACCCCCAUCUUCCUGGGAGACUCCGAGAUCGGGCAGCUGUUCAAGAUCUUUGAGGUGCUGGGAACGCCGACGGACAACGUGUGGGGCGGCGUGACCAACAUGCCGGACUGGCAGGCGCAAUUUCCCCAGUGGCCGCAGCAGGACCUCGCGCAGGUGGUGCCUCGGCUGGACCCAGAGGGCGUGGACCUGCUGCGCCAGAUGCUGGAGUAUGACCCCCAGAAGCGCAUCACAGCCAAACGCGCGCUCCAGCACCCCUACUUUGCAGAUUUUGACAGAGGCCAGGCACAAGAAUGCCGAGCUGGAGCUGGAGGCAAUGGCAGAGGUGCUCGCAGAUCAGCCAAUGCCGCAGAGUGAGCCGAUGCAUGGCGAGGAAGGUCUCACAGCGCAUGACAGUCCACUUCCUGGUCUGGAUAGGCCCAUGCAUGACCGUGGGAGCUCCAUGUCUGAUGCAGAGAACAGCCCAGUCGGAGGAGUGCCAGGCAACGCGGCAAAGAGGCUGCAGGGUGAAGAAGCAGAGCCGCUGAGGGAACCGCUUGCGCAGCUGAGCGUUGCUUCUCCCACCACACGCAAACGCACUUCAUCAGACUGAGGGCUCCCCCUACUCUGCCCUACAUCGCUUCACAAGGCAGCACCAUGCAACAGGAGCACCAGCAGGACUUCCAAUGUACAAGGCAGAGUCAACCUUUGAAAUCUGGUCUGGAUUCUUGAAUUUGCCACUGUUCGGGUCCUGGUGUCAUGUACCAUGUUCCAGCAUGUCGGACUGGGCAGUAGACGUCCACAAAAUGUGUGCUAUGCUCUGUUUAUACGUAUUUUUGUUAUCUCACCAGUGCAGCUUCACCACCCGUCAUGCGGAUUCAGAUCGCAGAAAGCCCUUCCUGGGUGUUUCGUGUUCCUCAAUUUGAUUGCAGUGCCCAAUAAGGCGCGCUUGCAACGAACUACUGGCAAGUGCGGGAGGAUG